GCAGCCCAGGAAAACAAGUCGCCCGUCCAGAUCCCCCCAAGUCCACCCAUCCGAGAUCCCAAAUCCCACCCGGACCGAAGCCAUGGCCGGCGGCGACGAGGAGGCCACGACGGCGCUGCUGCUGCCGCCGCCGGCGGGGUCGGCGGAGGCGGAGCGCCCGCCUCCCCCGCCGCCCGACCGGCUCGGGGCCGGCUACCUCAUCUUCUUCACGCUCGGCGCCGGGUUCCUGCUCCCCUGGAACGCCUACAUCACCGCCGUCGACUACUUCUCCUACCUCUACCCGGGCGCGCCCGUCGACCGCGUCUUCUCCGUCUCCUACAUGCUCUCCUGCCUCCUCCCGCUGCUCCUCAUCGUGCUCGUCUUCCCCAAGUCCAGCGCCCCCGCCCGCAUCAACACCGGCCUCACCCUCUUCACGCUCGCGCUCCUCGUCGUGCCCGUCAUGGACGCCGUCUACGUCAAGGGCACGCCCCGCCUCUACGGCGCCUUCGACGUCACCGUCGCCGCCACCGUCAUGUGCGGCGUCGCCGACGCGCUCGUGCAGGGCGGCGUCAUCGGCUUCGCCGGGGAGCUCCCCGAGCGCUACAUGCAGGCCGUCGUCGCCGGAACUGCCGCUUCAGGUGUACUUGUCUCGGCACUUCGAGUGAUCACAAAAGCGAGCUUCCCUCAGGACGCCCCUGGGCUAAGGCAAAGCGCAAUCCUGUACUUCAUGGUUGGCAUGGUGGUCAUGAUUAUCUGCAUAGUGUGCUACAACGUGGCGCGCAGGCUUCCCGUCGUGGUGUACUACAAGAACAUCAAGCAGAGGUCUCAGAAGGCGGAGGUGGGCGGCGGCAUGACAGGGCCUGCCUGGAGGUCAACCCUGUGGAGCAUCGUCGGGAGAGUGAAGUGGUACGGUAUAGGAGUCGUUCUCAUCUACGCGGUCACCCUCUCCAUAUUCCCGGGAUACAUCACCGAGGACGUGCACUCGGAGACGCUCAAGGACUGGUACCCCAUCAUGCUCAUCAGCGCCUACAACGUGUUUGAUCUCAUCGGCAAGUGCCUGCCAGCCCUCUACCUCCUGCAGAACUCUAAUGUUGCGGUUGCUGGUUCGUUUGCGAGGCUCCUGUUCUACCCCCUCUUCUAUGGCUGCCUGCACGGACCCAGCUUCUUCCGCACCGAGGUCCCUGUCACCAUGCUGACAUGCCUUCUCGGGCUCACCAACGGGUACCUGACCUCCGUGCUCAUGAUCCUUGCGCCCAAGGCCGUGCCCAUACACCACUCCGAGACCGCCGGGAUCGUCAUAGUGCUGUUCCUUGUGGUUGGGCUGGUCAUCGGUUCGUUUGUCGCUUGGUUUUGGGUCAUCUGAAUGCAUGGGGCCCCUGCCAUCCGCCGAUGUAUUUCAUAUCUGUGUACCAUAGCACGAUCUUCUUGCUGAUGCUUCAUUUUGCCCACCAAAGGGUAUGUAAUUUGUUAGUUUAACACACUGUGCAAAUGUAUGUAAAUUUCCAUUUCAUGAAAAGGAUGUCCAUUGUUCAUAUUAA